AAUUGUAGCUUCUACCAAAUUAAAAUGGCGCAGUUGUGUUUUACGUCUUAAACUGAAACCCUGCUUCCGGUUUUUCUUCACGCGACGGACGACCCGUCACUUCCGGUCGCAGCUCCGCAGUGUGGCACAUGGCCUCCCCGGCUCAGGAGAGCACUCUGGUCGGUCUGUGUGACGGAGAGAUCGACCCCCGGCGACACCGCUGCUCCUUCCUGACCAACAAGGUGGGGGGUCUGCCGGACUGGCCGCCCCACGUCUGCCCUCCGCCCCCCCGCUGUGCUCGCUGCGGAGCCCCGCUGACUCACGUGGUACAAGUGUACUGCCCCCUGGGGGGCUCGCCCUACCACCGGAACCUCCACCUGUUCGCGUGCCCGCGCGCGGCGUGCAGCGGCCGCGCGGACGGAUGGAAGGUGCUCCGCUCCCAGAGUCUGGAGGAGGCUCCGAGCAGACCGGACCCGGCUCAGGAGGCCCCUCGGCCGGCCACGGAUUGGUGUGACUCCGCCGAUGACUGGGGGGUGGAGGAGGAGGAGGAAGGAUGGGGAGCAGGUGGAGGUGUGGAGGAGGCAGCGGCUCCUCAGACACACGAAGACCCCCUCGACCUCGAAGUCAGCCGCCUUCAGGAUCUCUGUCUGGCCCCGCCCCCCCGGCCAGAGGCCCCGCCCUCCCAGCCGGAGGCCCCCGUCCUGCGGGCAUACUUCGUCUGCGUGGUGGAGGAGUCGGACCUGUGCGGCGAGGAGGACGCCGACCUGCGCCGCGCCCAGCGGCUGCUGAGGGAGUACGAGAAGAGGGAGGGGGGGGUGACGACGGCGGGCGACGCCCAGGACGGCGGCGAGGAGAAGUACGAGAAGACGAGAGCCCGACACGGAGACGCCGUCUUCUCCGGGUUCAUGAAGAGGAUCUCGCUCUGUCCCCAGCAGGUCCUGCGUUACUGUCGCGGCGGGCAGCCGCUCUGCGUCUCCUCGCCGCCCGGCGCCGCGCCGCCGCCUUGCCCCUCCUGCGGGGGGGGCCGGACCUUUGAGCUGCAGCUGAUGCCGGCGCUGGUGGCUCUGCUGCGCUGGACGGACGGCGGCGGCGGCGAGGCGGAGCCGGAGUUCGGGACGGUGCUGGUCUACACCUGCCAGAGCAGCUGCUGGGCCGGGUCGGUGCUGGAGGAGUUCUGCUCGGUCCAGAACGACCCGGACCAGCAGCUCUUCAACUGACAGCAGCUUCUGAUGGGGGGGGGGCUGGUUCCAUACAGGGUCACAUGUUAUACUGUGUUUUUUCUUCACAGAGACACAUUGGAGAUGGAAGUAAAAUAUUGUAUUUUUAUGUAAUAAAACUGGUUAUUAUUUCAA